AAAGCUUUGCUUAGACCCUCCCCUCCCCUUUUGCCAUUAAUCCCUUUUUUUCCUAUACUGUUUCCAUUCUUGGGGACUCCAAAGCCCAGAAUAUUGUUGGGUGUCCUAAGAGAGCUUGUGGGGUGCCUGACCCAGCCCAGAAUCUAGGACAUUGUUGACUGAAUCCAACAGGAAUCUUGAAGCAGAUGGCAGGGGUUGGACCCCAAAACUGGAGCCAGAGAGGGCAGGGCAGGCUCUGAGCAUGAGGGAUGGUGUUUGGACAGAGGAAUCCGAGCCCCCUCCUCCUACCCGGGGCGGGGCCGAGCAUCCAGCUAUAAACCCAGGGGGUGCGUCACUGUCCUCAGAAGCAUCAGAUCUCCUCUGCAGCAUCAGUGGACCCAGCCUUAGGUCACUCCAGAAUGUCAGACACGGAAGAACAAGACUACGAGGAGGAGCAGGCAGAAGAUGAGGAGGCGGUGGAGGAGGAGGAAGCCCCCGAGGAACCGGAGCCGGUGGCAGAGCGAGAAGAAGAGCGCCCCAAACCCAGCCGUCCAGUGGUACCUCCUUUGAUUCCCCCGAAGAUUCCAGAAGGGGAGCGUGUGGACUUUGAUGACAUCCACCGGAAGCGCAUGGAGAAAGACUUACUGGAACUGCAGACUCUCAUUGAUGUGCACUUCGAGCAGCGAAAAAAGGAGGAGGAGGAGCUCAUUGCAUUGAAAGAUCGCAUCGAGAGGCGUCGUGCAGAGAGAGCUGAGCAGCAGCGAUUCAGAACCGAAAAGGAGCGAGAGCGGCAGGCCAAACUGGCGGAAGAGAAGAUGAGGAAGGAGGAGGAGGAAGCAAAGAAGCGAGCAGAGGACGACGCCAAAAAGAAGAAGGUUCUGUCCAACAUGGGGGCUCAUUUUGGGGGCUACCUGGUCAAGGCAGAACAGAAACGUGGGAAGCGGCAGACUGGCCGGGAGAUGAAGCUCAGGAUCCUGUCUGAGAGGAAAAAGCCCUUGGACAUUGACUACAUGGGGGAGGACCAGCUCCGAGAGAAGGCCCAGGAGCUGUCAGAAUGGAUCCACCAGCUGGAGUCAGAGAAGUUUGACCUGAUGGAGAAAUUGAAGCAACAGAAAUAUGAGAUCAAUGUGUUGUACAACCGCAUCAGCCACGCCCAGAAAUUUCGAAAGGGGGCUGGGAAGGGUCGAGUUGGAGGCCGCUGGAAGUGAGACUCCCAGGAUUUGUCCCAUUGUAUGGAGUCCAGGAGCCACUGCAAUGUGUCCCUUCUGUAACUCAAAAUAAAGGCUCGCCAGACAUCUGCUUGA